AUGGCAGGAUCUACUGGCUUAAAUUUUAAUAAUUAUGAAUCAAUCUUGCAGUCGAGAAAGGAAAAGAAUUCAAACGUAGAUGACGAACAACCUGAACUUGACGAUAUUGAACAAGCCCAAGCUAAUAUCUUAGAGGACGUUGCACCUAGAAGAAAAGAUAUCGAAUUCCAAGAAAAGAAAAACCAACUCACUCUAGGAAUUGCAGUCAGAUUGAUCAGUCGUUGCAUUGAUGAAACCAUAUCUCACCCCUUGAUUGUCUUACGUCGCCAAUGUCAAGUCAAUCAUCGUUCAACUGGUUAUUGCUUAACGCCUUUCUCAGUUCUACCAACUCUGAUGGGUAUCCAGAGGCACCAGGGAUUUGCAACACUUUGGAAAGGAUUUGGAAGUACAUUCAUAGUACGUGGGUUAGUUAUUUCAACUGAAACUCUAAUCACUGAAACUGUACCACUAUCGAUAAAACCUAAUCAAGGACUGAUGAAAUUUCCAACACAUACAAUCCUUAAAAGUCUCAGCUUUAUGAUUGUAACACCAUUUUACGCGACAAGUCUACUGGAAACACUAAAAUGCAAUUUUGGCAAUGGAAAUUCUAAUGUAAUGAAUUUGAACUGUUUGGUCAGCGGUUUUAACCGUAUUAUCGGUCGUAAUUUACCCAGGACAACCCGAUUACUACCGUUAUGGAAGUUAGCAAUACCAACUGUUGGCUAUCAUAUUUUACAUUAUACAUUAACAUCAUUAAUUGAAUUGAUUACUAUACGUAUCUAUCGUGAUUCUAAAAAAUCUGAAUCAUUUGAGUCAAGUCAACCUGAAGAUGAUGAAGAUACAGACCAGCCUCAUACGAUGACAGAGACUUUUUUCCCAGAGUUAGCAGCUCAUUUUUUUGGAAAUAUGGUAUCAGAUAUAGUACUGUAUCCGUUAGAAACGAUUAUGCAUAGAUUACUCAUGCAGGGUACACGAACUAUAAUAGAUAACACUGACGCUGGGGUAGGUGUUGUGCCUCUGGACACUUCCUAUGACGGUGUAUUAGAUUGUUACACAUCAAUGAUCAAUGAGGAAGGCACCUGUAGCCUUUACAAGGGUAUUGGUGCAGUUACUGUUCAAUAUAUUUGCAGCUAUGCCAUUCUAAGAUCUACAAAAUAUAUUUUUCAACGCUUUUCAAAUUACUUUGAGUAUAGAAGACCACGAAAUUUACAUUCUUCCUAA